AUCAUCAGAACUCCAAGCCACGCUGCCGCUCUAUCUUCCUCAUUCCAAAUAUGCCUGUCCUGCGCAGCAGAUGCUCCUGCUGCGUUGGCUUCUUGGACUCAUCGCCCACGUCCAGAGGCUCAGCUCCAUCCUCCUAGCUCGCUCAGACAACCUACGCACUUACCUAAGCAACGAUACUAGGUGAUCUUCGCAUUCAGAUAACCCUCUUUUAAGUUGCAAAUUUAGAUUACAGCCAGAAGCCCCCAGAGUGUUUUUCUCAUCAUGGUAUUGCAGGGUGCGAGUUAGUGUUCCGAUUGAAAGCUCUCUUUCGGUCCCCGAGUUUGAGAAAUUUUCGCUUUGAAUUUUGAUUGCUGAACCGAGAUUGGGCAUGGAAAGGAGGAGACCUGGUGACAGAAACAUUGGCUCUGUCAAGGCAGCCAUCAAUAUGUACGGAGAGAGGAUUCUUGAGAGCACCCCAGCUUUGAGGAAUACCCAGAAGAACUUCCCCGAGAAUUCUUCUUCGAGAGCUAAGGAAUUGCUUCUGGCCAAGAGGGACAUUACCCGGCACCGCGAGAGCAGAAGGAAUGCCGAGUCCGCAAGAGCCGAGGCAGAAACCGAGCUCUCCGAAGCGAGGAGCAAGGUCAAGAAUCUCAAAACGCUGAUCGAGGUGUCGAGCUCUAAUGUCAAGUCGCAGCUGCGUGAAUUCGAUAAGGGAACGAGGCCGCAGGCGCUGCAGAGUGGUAGGAAGAGCGAGAAGUCUCGGUAUGAAGAAGUGACGAGAGAGCUCGAACACGUCAAGCUGGAACUGAGCAAGCUUAAGCUGGACGUGGCUUCAGUGCUGGAAGAGAAAUUGCGGGUGCAGAAAGAAGCGGAAGCGUCAAGCUCAAAAAUGCGGUCUUCCAUGAGCUCGGCUGAGGCGCUGAGGAAGGAGAUCGAGGAAGUUGGUGAGGAACAGGUGCUGGUCGAGUUGGCGCAAAUCGAAGCUCUGAAGGAACACGCAGUGAUCGAAGCUGAGAGAGAGAAGGAAUUGAGCGAAUACUCGAACAAAGUGGAAGAAACGAAGCAAAAGAUGAAUCAUGUGAGAGAAGAAAUUGAGAACUCGAAGGAGCUAGGGGCUAAACUAGCUGUAACAUUAUCUGAUGUCUAUGUGCUGCAGAAUGAGCUGAAACUAGUGAGAGAUAUGGACAAAAGGGUUCCGAUGGACAAUGGCUUCCAUCAUCCGGAAGACGGAAUCGAAAAAGGCGAGGAAGAUGAAACUUCCGUCAUGUUACGGGCAGUCACGGAGGAAUUAGAGGAAGCGAAGAAAGAAUUGGCAACAAUUAAGGAAGAGGGCUUUCAAUUCAUGUCCUCCAUGGACAUAAUAAGGAAUGAGUUGAGGUUUGUCGCAGAAGAAAGAGCACGGCUGAAGAUAGCAGAGGAGAAAACAGAAUUAACUGUCCAAAGUCUCAAUUCGAAGCUGCUGAGAGCGAAAUCCAAGUUGGAAGCCACGACAGCAGCCGAGGAGAAAGCUAAGUCGAUCGUUUCCAAUCUCUCGCUCACCCUCGAACAGUUAAGGACAGAAGCAGAGGCCGCGAAGAAAGAGAAGGAGUUAAUUUUUGAAGAGACGGAAGAGAUUAAGGAAGAGAUUCAGAAAACUGAGGGUGAGAUAGAUUUGACUGAUGAAAGACUACAAGCUGCUAUGCAGGAGCUUGUAACAGUCAAAGCCUCAGAAGCGCAAGCUCUUGAGAACCUCGGAACUCUAAUUGAGAACACACUGAGAGAAAGAGCAACCGUAUCUCAGCAUAGCUCUUCGAUCACUAUUUCAAAAUUCGAGUACGAUUACUUGACAGGCCGUGCCACUGGGGCCGAAGAAAUCGCAGAUAAAAAGGUUGCGGCAGCUCAGGCUUGGAUCGAAGCUCUGAAGGCAAGCGAGAGAGAGAUCCUGAUGAAGAGUGAGCUGGUGCAUAGAAAGGGGAGAGAGAUGAGGGUGGAGGAAGAGCAGCAGGUGUAUCGGAUGGAAAGGUCACUCUCUGCAAAGAGAAGGGUCGAGGGAGAGAUAACAAAUUGGAGGCAAAAGCGGGAUAAGAUCUCAGGAAGCGAGAAUGCUCAAUUGGCUUUGCCGAGAAAGUCGCCGAGAAAACUUAGAGUGGACAAUGCCGAUUUUUCUCCAGCCAGAAGAGCAAAGUUCCGCAAGUCCAGUUCACCUGGAACCCGUCUUCUGACUCGGUCACCUUCGAUAGCUCUCAAGAAGAGAAAGAAGGUGAUGCCGAACCUAACCAAGAUUUUCAGUGGAGGAGAUACGAAGAGGAAGUCCAAGGUCCUCCAAGCUUGAAUGGCUAUCCAAACCAAAGUGCUCUUUCAGUAAGUUUUAAGGCGGUGCAACUGUUUUUGCAUGAGACAAGACUAGGAUGGUCAAUGUUUGCCAGGAUUCGCAGGUGGGAGCUCGCACCUGCAUCGUUCACGUUGUGAGAGCUUCAAGUUUCAAAGGCUAUUGAAAGAGUGCAUUGGGAGGUUGGUUUUUUUUCCUGUCCUUACAUCGGUUCUUGACAUCGUUGAGCUCCGGCUUCAGCGACAAUACCAUUGGCACGGCACAUUUCUUUGAGUUUUUCCUUGAUCUUGUCCCACUUUCCGUGAGCCGUGUCUGAUCUAGUCGAUCUUGUACAAGGAGACCAAAUGGCUGCCGAGUUAACUUUGAUUACCUGCAUACAAAAGAAACUGUUAUAUCGUUCCUA